AUGAAUUAAGUACCAAAUCUGAAGAUAAUCUGUAUUAUAACUUUUGGGAAGAUGAAUUUAGUUUAGCUAUAUAUCUUGCUAAAUCUAUAGAAGGGUUAAAUCAAAAUGAUCAGGAAAUAUAUUAUAAUAUCAAGUUAAAAGUCACUACUAAGCAAAGACAAGAAGCUUGCAAAUUAUUAGUUAAAAACUAUGAUAUUUUCACUACAGAUAUAUUUGAAGAAGGCUAG